AUGUCGACUAGUGCUUUGACUGAUUUACCACAGUCAAAACCGGAUAAAGAAAAACCUGUAAUAGAAAAUGAAGAGUUCUCAAUAUAUUACUACUCUCGGUUAGGGAAUCACCGAUUGUUUUAUGGAGCUCAAAUUGAUGGCAUGAUGGCAACUGAUGAUCCUGAUAUAGUAGUUCCUGACAGUAAUGAUGUAGAUGAAAUUUUAUCUUUUUUAAGAAAGAACAGCUUCGUUGAAUUAAAAACUCAAAAAGAAAUGUAUAGCGCAACUCAAAUAAUGUUCUUUAAGAAAUACAAAUUAUUAAGAUGUUGGUGUCAAUGUUACCUGGCUGGUCUGAAGGGUUUGCUACUGGGAUUCCGAAAUUCUGAUGGCAUAAUUCAUAGAGUACAGUUUUGUGACACAGGUGGCAUUCCACGCGUUUGUUCGACAAAAUGGUCUUCUCAAAAAACUAUUAAUUACCUAAACGACGUUUUAAAUUUCGUUAAACAUGCUUUUGAACUUACGAAGGCGAGACUGGGGGAAAACUAUGAUUGUAAGGUGCCACUAACACUGAAGUUGGAUAUCGAUCACAGGCACAAGUGGAGAGCAUACCAAACGGAUGAUGAAGAACAUAUAAUUUUACCUAGUUGGUAUGUUGAGAAUGUUAUGUGGGCAUCUGGUGCUAGACGUGAUAAGAUACUUGCUCUGACAACAGAGCAUCAACCCAGCAGCAAAAACAAGGCUGCUACUAUAAUGCAACUGCCGCUAACAAUAAGACCUAAACCUAUAGUGCAUGCCAGCCCUACCAACCUGCCAGCUAUAAUCACAAAACCUAAAUUAACUAAUAUUAAUGACUUAUGGAGCCGAGAAUUGGAUUUUAAAGACUUCAGCGUUGUUUUUGAUUACUCUAAAGAAUAUGAAAAUUCAUUAAAUCAAUAUUUACAAACUUAUAACCUGUCAGAAUUGAAGUUAUCGUUUAAUUUUUACGGUAGUAAUGAGACAGCUUGUGCUGAGUUUUUGCUAUGUCAAGAAGUAAUAGAGCUGUCCCCAUUUUCAAAAAACAAAAAUAUUCAUGAAGAAGAUAUUGAUAUUUUCCAUGACUCCGACGAUGAUAAGGACAAAACAUAUAUUCCCGAGACUUCAGAUGCAGAUUCAGGCGAAGACGAAAUAUUCACCAAAAAAUCUAGGGAACGUAAACCACAUUCACCAUUAAUAUUACAUGACAUAACAAUGGAUAACUCAGCAAUUGAUGACAGAAUGACUUUGGGUACCAGUAUGAAUACAAUGUCGCAAAUAAUUAAAGAAAGCAAUUUUAUAAUGAAUGAUACUUCAACUUCAAUUAGUGUAAUGGACUCUAAUAUUUUAACACAAUUUCAUAUUGAAACAGAAAAUAGCACCGCACACUCGCAAGAUUUAAUAAAUGCUACUAUCACACCUCAUGAAUUAACAAAUACAGAAGAAAACAAAGGACUUACAAAAGAUGGUAGGCCUCGCAAAAGGCAAAAAUUCAAUGGAUCUGUAAAGGAAAGACAAGAAAAAAAGAAAAAGGUCAGAAAUGAGCAAAAUGAUUUGAAAGAUCCAUGCACUGAAAAAUGUAUGAAGAAAUGUGUAACUAAAUUCACACCUCAGGUACGCCAAGAUAUACACGACAGAUAUAUCGCUCUUGAUUACGAAUCACAAGGACUAUUUAUUAAAUGUUGUAUCGAUGUUAAGCCUGUAAUGCGCAGAUCCCAAGUUACAGAAGACUACAAAAGAAAAACAACAUAUAUUUAUAAUUUAGAGGGACCUGAUAACAUUAAAAAAGAAGUUUGUAAGACGUUUUUUCUUUCGACGUUGGGUUAUAAGCCUAACAAUGAUAGAAGGAUCACAACUGCUAUGAGUAAAGCUAUUGAUGAACAAAAAACGACUCGAGGAUCCUACAAAAGAACCAUAAUCGAUAGACAAGCUAUAAAAGAUCAUAUCAUGUCGUAUCACCCCGCUAUUUCACAUUAUAGACGAGAACAUGCACCCAAAAAAUUGUACCUUCCCAGUGAUAUCACUAUCACAAUGAUGCAUGAAAAUUUUUGCUCUACAAGGCCGGAUAUAAAAGUUUCUCUUGAAGUUUAUAGAAAAGUACGUCACAAUCGAUUAGACCAUCAAGAAGAAUCUUGCGAGAUAUGCCAAAAUUAUAAUAUGCAACACAAGCCCAGAUACAUAGAGUCCCGCAAAGAAUACAACGAAGAUAGAGAGAAAGCAAAGACUGACACAGAAGUAAUUUAUUAUUCCGUUGACCUUCAAAAAAUUAUUAUGUUGCCAAGAAUGGAUCAAUUCAAGACUGCCAUUUUUUGCCCGCGGUUAAUUGCUUUCAAUGAAAGCUUUGUACCACUAGGACCCGCAACUAAGGAUAACAAACCGUAUGCUGUGUUAUGGAACGAGAGUGUUGCCGGUCGUAGUCAAGAGGAUAUAAUUUCUACUUUCAAGGCAUUUUUGAACAUUAAAAGGGACCAAAAAAAUAUUGUACUCUGGCUCGAUAACUGUUCUGCGUAA